AUGCUUCCUCCAGGAGAAUUCCAGGUGAAAGAUGUUCUGUUGGGGCAAUGUGGUUCUAUAGACCCUGAAUAUACAGAUUCAAAGAUCGUGAACCAGAAAACUCAUGUCUAUAGCAUUGGCUUGCUUUUACUCAAUCUCAUGUCAGGACAACAAUUUAUAUGGCCCCAUCCAGUAGAAGAAACAGCCUGUGCCACCUCAGAGAGCUAUAAAGGCUGUUUUCAGAAGGAUCGAGUAAAACCUUUUGUAGAUCAGAAAAUUAUAGAGGAAGGGGGGAAUGAAGCAGGGAAGCAAUUGCAAGAUUUCCUGGAUCUUGCUUUGAGGUGCAUUCAAAAGAAGGGGGAAGAGAGGCCAGAUAUGAUGACUGUUGCAAAAGAGCUGCGGAAAAUCGAGAAGUCUGGUGACCAUUCCUAG